GCUGCAGUCGUGUCUUCCACAGCGAGCAUGGCGUCUAAGUCGAAGAAGGUUUUGUUGUCAGGAGAGCCUCUCCACCAAGCCCAGGCCCGAACAAAGGCGGCUUUGGACCAGCGGGACGAGAAAUCGAUUGUCAGGCUCCUCAAGGAUGCAGGGGUGACAUCCUACGAGCCUAGGGUGGUGAGCCACCUGGUGGAUCGGAUGCGCAGAUAUACGCGCGAGGUGUUGAUUGAUGCAAGGGACUACGCUGACCACGCCGGGAGAACCGACCUCGGCAUGCAGGACGUGCGAUUAGCCGUGCGCAAGAAGCAGGAUGCGCUAUCCGCCGGCCCUCCCUCACGAGAGGACCAAAUACGGCAGGCUGACGAGGUCAACCGGAUACCCUUACCGGCGAUCCCCGACAAGUUCGGGGUGCGGUUGCCGCCCUUCGAAUACCAAAACACGCUCCCCAACCUGCAGUGGGAAGCACACGCUGAGCCGCGAGUCCACGAUGAAGCGGGCGAGACGGACGUGGACCCAGAGCAAGCUCAGUCCUCGCUUAGUGGCAACCGCAACAAGAAGACCAAGACUACCCCGGGGCUGGAAACGAAGAAACCCCUGACUCUGAAGGAGAAGAAGGAGCAGGAGGAGGCCAACAGGGCUAAGGCUGAAGCAAAGGCUGCGCGGAGACGGCUGCAGGCGCAAAACGCGAAGAGGGGUUGAUUUAUGUAUUGCCUUGGUAUGGCAGGUGUCGUGGCGCAAGCCCGUUGUGACGGCCCGACCUCCGCCAAUCCGGCGAAUGGAUGAAUGUGGUAGGAUAGGGGUGGGAGACAGUGUACAGAAGGAUGUUGAGGAUGAUGGCCCGAGUGUGGAGUGCUGUAGUGUUUGCGUAUUUUCGUGUUCGUCGAAGGAAAACAAGGAGGCUCCCAAGGCUUGCUGUGUCGUGAUUGCAAACAGUGCGGUUUGCUGGAUUCGAAGAAAGAAAAAAAAAACACAUCUACAGCACCUGCUUA